UUACAUACAUGUCUUUAGUAUUUUACAGAUAGAAAGAUGAAAAAGUAUAUAUCCACAACCUGCUCUAUACAUGUCCGGUCCUGGAGUGUCUUAACAAAAUUAAACCAAAUAUUUAGGCUGACUUCAUCCAGUGUCUAGGAAAAUGGAUUUGCGGUAUAUACAAAUAUAUUUACUAAUUUGCAUAUUUUAGUGCAAUAUUUCAGGGGGGAAAUUACCCUAUUAGGGUGUGGUGACUUACAUAUUUGGUGAUCUUUAAUUCAUUGGCAUAAUAUUGUCUGCCAAGUCUUGUUUUAAAACACAAGUUCAGAUCCCACGCGACACUAGCUAGUACAUUGGGCUACAGACAAGACAAUGCUACCCUUUUACAUGAAUCUAAAUGUCUGUCUGAUCAUAGGUAGUUUGUGUGAAGUCAUUGUCACCAUGGCCUGGAGUACCAACAGCACCAAACUGGACAACAUCACCUUGUCCCUGUUCCAGAACGCAACAGCCAGCACAGCUAUCUCCAUCAUCUACAUCGUGGUCACCGCCAUCAACCUGACAGGAAACGGCCUCUCCAUGUGGCUUCUCCUCUUCCGUACCUCUCCCAAAACUCCCUCCAUCAUCUUCAUGAUCAACCUGACCCUGACAGACCUGGCCUUGGGCCUCGUCCUGCCCUUCCAGAUCAUGUAUCAGAUGCAGGGGUAUAACUGGAGCCUGGGCCCGGGCAUAUGCAGGCUCCUGACCCUGGUGUUCUUUGCCAACAUGUACUGCUCAAUUCUAACUAUGACGGCCAUCAGUGGAGACCGCUACCUGGGCAUCUGUUGGCCCAUGCUCUUCCGUGAGACCAGGGAAAGGAAGUCAUUCGCUGUGAUCGGCUGCUUGGCCAUGUGGACAGUCGUCCUAUCUGUCCUGUACCCACUCAUGACAACCGACCUGACGUUCCACGUUCCAGAACUCGGGAUCACCACCUGCUUUGACGUUCUGAAGAGGGACAUGCUUCCAUCAAUGGAGGCCUGGGCUGCCUUCCUCCUUGCCCUGUUUGUCAUCCUCUUCCUCAUCCCGUUCUGCAUCACUGUGUUCUGCUACGUCGGCAUCAUCCGCAAGCUGGCCCGAGUUUCCAAGACCAACCAGAAAGAGAAAGCUAUACGUCUCGCCGUCACCGUCCUAACGGUCUUCACGCUUUGCUUCGCUCCCAACAACAUCCUCCUCCUGGCUCACACCAUCCGGAGGCUCUUCUACGGGGACUCCCUCUACAUGGCCUACAAGCUGACUCUCUCCCUCAGUUGCCUCAACAGCUGCCUCGACCCUUUCAUCUACUACUUUGCCUCUAGGGAGUUCCGUCAAAAGCUGAGGCAGAUGCUAAGGCUGAGAACACUGAGCAGUCUGGACACAGGGAAGACAGACCCGCACCGAGAGAGCCUGUACUCUGCCCAGUAUGUGUCUGGGGGUCAGGGUGGAGAGAACAGAGUUUCUGUUAAACAACACUGUUAAAAAACGUAACCUGUAAAGUGGAGAGAGAGAGGGAAGACGACAACCAAGAUGACAUGUCGCAAUAUCUCAUGUUGGGUCAAAUGACAUUUCAAAAUCAUUUCACAGGAUGGAAUGUUUUUGUGUGCUGUAUAUAGAUCCAGUAACAAACCAAGGCAGAGGGUGCUUCUGCAUUUCCAAAGUUAGGGCUCUAUUCAAUCAGAUCCGCUUUAGCCGACAUCCAUAUAGCUGUUGUUUUGACACUGUCAGAGGUGGAACUGCGCUAGAGCUGUCAAAUCCAUUGCCAAGAGUGUGCAAAGCUGUCAUCAAGGCAAAGGGUGGCUAUUUGAAGAAUCUCAAAUAUAAAAUAUAAUUUGAUUUGUUUAACACUUUUUUGGUUACUACAUGAUUCCAUAUGUGUUAUUUCAUAGUUUUGAUGUCUUCACUAUUAUUUUAUAAUGUAGAA